GCGCGUGAGCAUCCUUUUAGUCGUUUCAAAUUCCUUCGUGCUCGCAGUUGGCUGUACCAUAAACAAGUUAACACUGUAGGACAGCAGUUCAACGCAACUGCAAGUUCAACUAAAAACGCUUGCGCUUGCGCGCACACUCGCAGUUUGGUACACAUUGAUUGGCAGCGUUUUGUCGCGUUGCGUCGUGUCGUGCUUCUAGUUUGCGCUGUGGACGCUGUGUUUACAUACAGGUUGGUUCUUCUAAGCUAUACAUUUCCGCAGAGAUCCAUUGUUCUCUGCUUUCUCUUCCUUUAACUUAAGGGGAAUGAGGAAGCCUUCAGACAUGAGUCCGCGCCGCCUGUCAGACAUCAGUCCUCAGAUCAGCCAGCUGAAAGCCCUCGUCAUUGAUGAAGAUCUAAGUGAAGAACUGAAGUCAUCGAGAUCGGUCGAGUACAUCAACAAUGCAUCCAUAGAAGAGCGGAUCCUGAGGAUCACUGGUUACUAUGGCAAUGAGUCCUGGGACGCAUCUCCUAGAGGGGAGGACCAGCCCAACAGCGAGAAGGUGGAAGUGAAGAUAGAUGGCCAUUCUGCCUCAGAUACAGUCAUAUCAGAUUGUGGGAACAGACUGCAGAGACUUUGCUGCUAUAUGCAUAUGACUGCAGUCCACAUGCGCAGGGCACUGUGGGGUGUCGCUGUGGUGAUCUGCAUCUGCGUUUCUUGGACAGGCUGCACUCAAUUGGCCAAAAUAACUGUCGGACGCUUGAAUGUCCCAUUCACCCACACUUGGUUCUCCACUUCCUGGAACUGUGCCAUCUUCCCUCUUUACUACCUGGGUCACCUGUGCUGUAGCAAGGACAGACAGACUCCCAGACAGCGCUUCAGAGAGUGCUGUCAGUUCCUGGGAGAUGACGUGCUGUCACUGAGGAUGCUGCUCUCUCGCGUAGCUCCUUUUGGAGUGCUGUGGACUCUCACCAGCUACCUGUACCUGCAAGGCCUUCGCAGAAUCCCUGCCACUGAUGCCUGUGCCCUUUUCUGCUGUAGUCGUGCCUUUGCCUUCCUAAUAUCCUGGAUUGUCCUGCGGGAUCGCUUUAUGGGAGUGCGGAUUGUGGCAGCCAUCUUAGCCAUUGGGGGCAUUGUUAUGAUGACAUAUGCCGAUGGUUUCCACAGCUAUUCUGUGAUAGGCAUCUCCCUUGUGGUUGGUUCUGCAUCAACAGCAGCUAUAUACAAAGUUCUGUUUAAGCUUGUUCUGGGUAGUGCAAAACUGGGUGAAGCAGCUGUGUAUCUUACUGUCCUUGGUGGAGCAAAUUUGGUGUUCAUUAGUGCUGUUCCUUUGAUCCUGCUUCUCAUGGGGGCUGAGGACUUUGUUUCACCUCGAGAUUUGCCAUGGCCAAGCAUCUGUGGCAUGUCCGCUCUUCUGCUGGUGUUCAACUUCCUCUUAAAUUUUGGUGUUCUGAUAACACUUCCUACGCUGAUUUCUCUUGGCGUCGUCCUCAGUGUGCCUCUCAAUGCUGUCAUAGAUCGCUACAUGUGUGACAUCCAGCUCAACAGUGUACGCAUCAUUGCGGUGUCCAUCAUUUGUUUGGGCUUCCUUUUGCUCUUACUGCCUGAGGACUGGGACCAGAGUCUGCCACGGUUACGAUCAAUGCUGUACAACCGAGAAGAGCCACAAGAGAGCAUCGGAGACAAACACUCAGAGACGCUUCACAUCAGGCCGAGAGAGACCAAGAACUGCAACUCCACAACUACUCCCAGCAUCCACUGACUCUGCAUUUUAUUCAUUGCAGAAGCUCCCAACAGGCACCAAAUGACUCUCUUCCACAUUUAUGAGGCAAUUUAGAUGUACUGCACAUCAUUAAUGAUUGAUUAGACUGAUGAAAGUUGCUAGAGAUCCGUAAAGGAGGGUACUAUAGAUCGGAAGAUAAUUCUAUGCAGAGCUUUAGGAUUCAAUUGGUUCACCUGUUACACAGUUAUUGAGUUAAUUAUGAGCACGUUUUUGAUUCAUUUUAAAGUGCCAUUGUGUGAGAGUUUGGAAAUGUGUAGAUUUGUAUAUUUCAUUGUCGCUUCGUGUGUUGAAUGAAGUACCUUUGUAUAGGCUAUUGCCAGUAUCCCCACUGCUGACACAUUGUCACACUCUUCAGCAUAACAUAAUACUUCUGAUAUGAACUGUAAUCUCACACUGGUUCUCUAUACUCUGCAUAUUUGACAGUGUUAUGGCCUCAUAUAAUCUGAAAGAAAGGCUGCACCCACAGAUUCCUCAGAAUAAUAUCUUGCAUUAUAUCUCUUUCAGUGGCAAUACUUGGUUCAUAUAUUCCUGUGGAAUUAAGGCUUAAAUGUAAACCUUUGUAAGGAUAUUUGUUACUUCUUAAUAGCAAUAAUAAAGAAUGAAUGUAUAUCCUA